AUGACAAUCAACCCAGCAGACACAACGGACACCAUGACAAUCAGCCCAGGAGACACAUUCACGCCGCGCCCGCGCGCCGACAUCGCGGCCGACCUCCGCACAGCCCUGGCCGUCUCGGCCAAUGACCGCUUCAUCGUGCGUCACACAUCUCCCAACGAGCCAUUCUACUAUCUGGGCGACACGGCAUGGGAGCUCUUCCACCGCCUCGACCGCGCCGAGGCCGAGUUGUACCUCCGCAACCGCGCGGCCAAGGGCUUCAACAGCAUCAUGGUCGUAGUCAUGGCCGAACAUGGCGGACUUGACUUUCCCAAUCGCGCCGGAGCGUGGCCGUUCCAUCCAGCCACCUCUUCCAAGGAUUAUGUGCCCGAUAUGGCCCGUCCGAACCCCGCGUACUUUGACUUUGUUGACGAGGUUGUGGGCCUCGCCUCACAGCUUGACAUGACCAUCUCGCUCGUACCCACUUGGGGACGGUAUAUUAAUGGCGGAUACUAUGGGUCUCCGAUAUUGUUUGACGAGGAGAACGCACGGUCCUUUGGUCGAUUCCUCGGUGAGCGAUACCCGUUCCACCCGUUUAUUCUCGGCGGUGACAGUAACCGUCAUUGGAACCCCGAGUUUAACGCCGUGCGUAACGCGGGCCGCGAUGUGUCCGAGUUGCCGUUGAUCGACUACGGCGUGAUCACCGAGGCUAUGGCGGCUGGUUUGCGUGACGGCGAAGCAGCGGCGAUUGCCGCGCUCGAUGCAGACCUCAAAGCCCAGGCGGAGGGGUACGAGACGUUCAUCACAUUCCACUCGGCACAGGUUUGGCACCCGAAGGGCAUCGAAACUACCGCAUCGGCUCAAUUCCCAGACGCCGACUGGCUCUCCUUCGACUGCAUGCAGACAGGACACUAUGACGGGCCCAUGCCUGAGCGAGCUGGUGGCGGCACAGAGAGCGCACAGCUUGGGGUCACCGACUCGCUGUGGUAUUCAAAGUCGUCGUACAUCCCCAUGCGCAAGAUGUACGCUGCGCGUCGGCGUGACGGGCGUCCUCGACCCGUCCUCGACCUUGAGGCUCACUACGAGUCCGCGCACCACUGGUUCAGCGAAAAGUACCCGCUCUGGACGGCCGACGAUAUCCGCAACGGCAUGUGGCAGGGUCUCUUUGCAGGCGCGUGCGGAUACACGUACGGCGUCAACUCGAUUUGGCAGAUGCACAACGCUGCUUCGGUCUCACACCCGCCGAUCGCACCGCCGACCACGGCAACUGUGGACUGGUUCCUCGAGCUCGACCUCCCGGGCGCGUGGUACUCAUCCGUUGCGAAGAACAUCCUUCUGGACUUGCCCUGCUACUUUAGCCGCGUGCCAGACCAGAGCUUCAUAGUGUCCGACACGGGUGAGCGCGAGGGCGAGCGGGCCGGUGACACUCUUGUAUCGGGCAUGCGGGCCGAUGAUUGGGCCGCCGUGCACCUCCCCUAUGGUGGUACUGUUCAAGUCGACCUUGCCCUGGCGAUCCCUUCCGCCAAGGGUUGGAAGGCGUGGUGGGUUGACCCACGAUGUGGUGGACGCGAGGUGUUCGAGACAGGCAACAAUCUCGGCGUGCGCGCCUUCUCUGCUCCGAGUGCGGGGACUCUCUCGGACGACUGGAUCCUUCUGCUCUCAGUGGACCCAUACCCCCUGUAG